AUGGUUGCAGCAGUUGCAGUAAGCUGUGUGCUGAUUGCUUUCUUUGUUCAUCGUUUCUUCUUGAGAAAAGAGGAUUCAAAAUCAGCGCAUGUGAUGCUAAUGGAAUUCCCAGAACAUCAUGGAAGUCAAACUUUCACCCAAAGGGAACUUGAAAUUGCUACAUUUGGGUUCAAUGAGGCUUAUCUCCUUGGUAGAGGAACCUUUGGAUCAGUUUAUAAAGGAAUUAUUGAUAAUGGGAAAAUUACUGUGGCUGUUAAGGUUCUGCAUAGUGACUGCAGUCAGAGUUUCAAAAGCUUUAAAAGGGAAUGUCAAAUAUUGUCUGAAAUCAAGCACCGGAAUCUUGUUAGAAUGGUAGGAUAUCCCUGGAACAGAGGGUUUAAGGCUCUUAUCCUUGAUUAUAUUGGUAACGGAAACUUGGGGACAACAUCUUUAUCCAGGUGGACUAGAGGAAGGAGCAUGUGGAUUAACUUUGAGGGAAAGAAUGUCAAUAGCGAUUUUGGGAUUGGAAAGCUCAUUUCAGCUGACAAAUUGAAAGAACAUGUCAGCACAACAGGUUUCCUACUGGGAUCGAUUGGUUAUAUUCCCCCAGAAUAUGGGCAGGGAAUUGAGGUAUCAGCUAAAGGGGAUGUCUAUAGUUUUGGUGUGAUGCUGCUUGAGAUGAUAACACGAAGAAGACCGACCAGUAAUAUGUAUUAUGAUGGGCUUGAUUUAAGGAAGUGGGUGAGUGGUGCAUUUCCAGGCAAGAUUUUGGAUGUUGUUGACACCACACUAAAGCAGGAUGCAUACCUUGAAGUGACACAUGGUGCUUUAGAGGAGCUUGAGCAAUGCAGCAUUCAAAUGCUUGAUGUGGGGAUGAUGUGCAGAGAGGAUAAUCCACACAAACGACCCCCUAUGUCCUCUGUUGUGAAGAGUUUGAAAAAAUGUCUGCAAAUAAGUGGAAUUUGA